AUGGUGGGUAGAGAAGGGCAGCAGCAGAAGUCCAGUGUUGGUGAUGGCCUGCUUGAUCCCACUCUCAAAUCUGAGAUACUCAGAUACGCUGAUUUUGCACGCAUAUGUUACAGUGUAAUAAAAAAUGAUGAAAUAGUUAAGGAGUCAAAUAAUUUGCGAGAACGCGGCUACGAAAUUACGGAUUAUAUUUUCUACAAUGUUCGCUUGUGCACAUCCUACUAUCGACGCCCUAUUGGCUUCAUUGCCGUUUGCACUGACGAAAAUGAAAUAAGGAGAGUUGGAGGGCGUGAUAUAGUGGUUGCUUUUAGAGGGACCAGUAAACGACGAGAAUGGAUUCAAAAUCUCAAAGACAAAGUAGUUCCUUGGCAAGACCUGCCUGGUCCAAGUUCAAAACCUGUCUUGGGAAUAUGUAAGGGAUUUCUUGGGUAUUAUGAAGACAAAGGCGAAUACAAUUGUGAUAGCAGCCCAAAAGACAUUAUUGAGCGUACGAUUACAAGGUUAGUGGAAAAGUAUAAAGGGGAAAGUUUGAGCAUAAUAAUUUGUGGACACAGCUUGGGAGGUGCCCUCGCAACAAUGAGCGCAUAUCAUAUCAAACUACUGCGGCCUUCAACACCCGUCACAGUCUUCACCUUCGCCUCUCCGCGGGUGGGUAAUCGACCAUUCGCCGAUCAUAUGGAAGAGAUUAGAGUCAAAGUGGUGCGUGUGGUAGUGAAAGGUGAUUUGGUUACCAAGGUGCCAGGACUCAUUUUGAACGAGAAUGCACACAAUCGAGUGGCACGGCUUGAAGGACAAAAGUUUGUUGGACAGUGGGCAUACUGUCAUGUGGGCACAAAGAUUCGGCUGGAUCCUUCCUCCUCCCCCGACUUGAGCUGGAAGGCUAGACUUUUUCAUCGCCACAAUUUAGAAACUUAUCUCCACUUGCUCACCCGGUAUACCACUUGCAGCAGCUAA